GGGGCACAUGGGGCCCAUUCAUGGCUUCGUUGAUGGUCCACAGAGCGCUACAUAAUGCUCGUCCUUUCGACUCAUGCUCACACGACAUCAUUCUGACCUAUACAAUUUUUAGGAGGCAUCGUAGCGUGACUUGCGUGUGCGACUUGCGAACUGUUGCAUAUUUGGUCACGUAGCAUCGUUUACCCGUAUGCAUUCAACCGGCGAGAAAAGACCACGCACGGCGUCUUUGUCCGAUCAGAACGACUUUGUGCAACAGUCCAGUGGCCUAUCCGUCACAGAUAGCAUUUUAGCUCUCUCAGGAAGUCCUUCACGGAAGAAAGCCAGUAUGAACUCUACGGACAAUUCUGCGACGGGAAUGGGCGCCAGAUUGCAAUCCAUUGCGUGCGAGCAUCUUUCGGCAGCUCUCAAGAAAUUGCAACCGCCAAGGGUGUCACAGCAGGUUCACAAAGAGGAAUGCACGCUCUGUUUCGACGAUCACGAUGGAGUGAACGGAGUCGAUGUGUGCUUGCAUUGUUUCAAUGGGGGAUGCUCGGGGCCAGACAGCGAUCGGCAACAUGCCAAGCUACACCUCGAGAAGACAGGUCACGCCAUCGCAGUCAAUGUCAAGCGGAGAGCGAAGCCAAAGGCCGAGACGAAUGAGCCCGAGCCAAAGCCUAUCAAGCUUGCGAUUCACGCCGAGGGAGAGGCUGACAAGUAUGACUACAGUUACGUGCCCAAAUGUCUCGCAUGCAACGAUAUAGAAUUUGACACUGCUUCUAUAGCACAGUUGCAACCUUUCGUAGACGGCGUUGUAAAGUCAAUGUCCUCUGCCCAACAGAGUGAAGUGAAAAGCUGGGAGGAGGAGAUCGUCAAUUGCGAGCACACGGACAAGCUAGUGCAACUUGAAGAGGACAAGAGGCAGAAAAUCGAUUCAAGCAUCAAGACUGGGCAACCGGAACGACAUUGCUCGCUAUGCGAUCUGACAUCGAAUUUAUGGCUUUGCUUGACCUGCGGAAAUUUGGGGUGCGGGAGAGCGCAAUUCGGAGGGGUUGGCGGCAACAGUCACGGUCUCGCCCACUUCAAAGCUACAGGUCAUCCCUGCAGUGUCAAGCAAGGGACCAUCACACCCGAAGGCUCAGCCGACGUAUACUGUUAUGCAUGCAAUGACGCUCGGCUUGACAAUCGGCUGGCCGAACACCUUGGUAACCUGGGUAUCGUGGUCGCCAAUCUGAGCAAGACGGAGAAGAGCAUGACAGAGCUCCAAGUGGAGCAGAACCUUUCGUUCGAUUUUAGCAUGAUGGGUGAAGAUGGUCAGAAGCUGCAGUCGGUGUUUGGGCCAGGGCUAACCGGACUCCGCAACCUCGGGAACAGCUGCUACCUCGCUUCGAUCCUUCAGUCGCUUUUCUCCUUCCCGUCAUUUAUCAGGCGCUAUGGCGACGCGUACAGACAGCAUUCGCUCGUAUGCGAGAACCCUUUACCUGCAGCAUGCUUGGAAUGCCAGCUUGGCAAGAUGGCCGAUGGGCUCCUUUCCGGACGCUACUCUGUGCCUGCUCCCGCGCUGCGUAACACGUCUGAAGACGCGGACGAGGUACGCUUCCAGGCGGGCAUCAAGCCUGCCAUGUUCAAGAAUCUCAUUGGCAAAGGCCAUUCGGAGUUCGCAACGAUGCGCCAGCAAGAUGCGGAUGAAUUCUUCAAGCACAUCGUCGACUGCAUACAGAAGGAGAACCGUCGAUUGCAGUCAUCAGCUACGGCAGGCGGAUUGGCGCCGGGCGCGCUGAUCGAUGAUGUGACCAGCAUUUUUGGCUUUGAGCUCGAACACCGGCUGCAGUGCACCCAGUGCCAUAGGGUACGAUACAAGAUCGAGAGGCAAGAUGCGGGUCUCAGCUUGCCGGUGCCGCUACGGCCAGUCGCGGAGACCGCCAGCGAAAACAUGGAGGUGGAUUUUAAGCAACAGGCACCUGCGGAAGGGGUAGGCUCUGCGGGUGCAGCUCUCGCUCCUGCAAAUGCAGUGGGCAAAGUCAAAUUUGAGCCCGUGUCCAUCGAUGAAUGCCUGGACUUAUAUACCGGAACGGAGACGAUCCCAGAUUAUGCGUGUCCGCAGUGCAAGGCCAAGACAAUCGCAACGAAGCAGACGCAAUUCAAAACCUUCCCGCAGGUGCUUGCCAUCGCCGUUCGUAGGUUCCAGCUGAUCGGCUGGGUCCCGCAGAAGGUGGAUGUGAAGGUUCAAGUGCCGCUCGGCUUGGCAGAGGAACAAAAUGGCGGUGUCUUGCAGCUCGAUCAUUAUCUCGGCCACGGCAUGCAAGAAGGAGAGGAGGAGUUGCCGCAAGACGAAAACAGCGGGGACGCUGGUGGAGGUCGCCUGCCGCAGUUCGAUGCCAAUGCCAUGUCGCAACUGACUGCCAUGGGGUUCCCGGAGAUCCGAUGUCAGAAGGCGCUGCUGGCGACAGGGAACACGGGCGAUGCCGAGGCCGCGAUGACCUGGCUUUUCAGCCACAUGGAAGAUGCCGACAUUGACGACCCCAUCGACUUGGAAACGUAUGCGGCCGCAAGUGGUGGCACCAUCGCCGCUGCGCUAGACACAUCCAUGCUUGAAGACAUGGGAUUCAGCAAGGCGCAAGCAACCAAGGCACUGCGCAUCAAUAACGGGAAUGCGGAGAUGGCCGUGGCUUGGCUGUUCGAAAACCCUGACGAUCCUGGCGAGGAGUCCAGCACAGCAGCAGUAACAGCAGCAGAUGAAGAGGUGGGACCUUCGAGUGAAUCGACCGCGCUGUACAUUGGCGAUGCCAGCCUGCCGGCGAGAUACAGGCUCAAGUCAUUCAUCUCUCACAAGGGGUACGUCUCUCACAUCCGCAAGCUCAACGCUGAGGAUGGCUGGGUUCUCUUCAAGUCGUCAAAGCGCCUUUGUCAUCUUCUUCUAAAGAAGACCUGCAGUCGGAUGUCGGCGUCAAAGGUCUUUCGCAGCUCGCAUAUGUGUACUUCUUCGAGCGAUGCUAGCCAUUUACGGUGUGCUUGCAUGUACGUACACUACAGAGUCAGUGUCCACUGACGGCACGCCCAUGCCACGUGAAACUGCCUUUCGC